AUGUUCUCAAAGAAAGAAAAUCUUGAAGUUGUUGGAUAUACUAAUGUUGAUUGCGCUGGUUCCAUUACAGAUAGACACUUUACAUCGGGUUACUUUACAUUCGUUGGAGGACUCUUAACAGAAUUGAGUUUUAAACUAGAGAAACCAAUAGAGUUACAUUGUGAUAAUAAGUCAGCUAUUGAUAUUGCUCAUAAUCAAGUUCAACAUGAUCAAACUAAACAUGUUGAGGCAAUCAUGUUGAGGUGGAUAGACAUUUCAUCAAAGAAAAAAAUUGAGAACAAGAUCAUCUGUUAA